AUGAGUGCAAUUGAAGAUCCAUCACAACAAUUCACCAGCAAGAAAGAUACAUUGAUCAAAUGGACCAAUCAACAUCAAAAACUAUGCAAACAAUUAUUAUCAAGUCAGACCAUUCAAGAAAAUGUUCUUCUUCAACUCAUUGAAUUACUAGAAGAAGAUCCCCGAUUUGAUUACGGAGGUCUUACUAUUGACCACAACAUUGGUGUGGUGGGAUUGGAGGAAACGCAGAAUAUUACAAAGAAACGACUUCAAGCAACACAGCUAUUUCUCGAUGUUUGGAGGUAUUUAAUCACACGAGUGGACAUGAUCAACAUUUCUCUUCGCAUAUACUGCUAUCAAUUAAUACUUCUCAUUAUAAAACGAAGAGAAUUUCAUCCGAAAUAUUUUCAAAACCUAAUUCUCAGUCAGAUAACCAAUUCAGCAAACACACAAUCCUUCAAUUCAUCCAAUACAAGUCCUAGCGAGCUUUCCACAUCACCCCCAACAGCAACAACAACAACCGAUUUAUCUUUUCUUAAACUAAGCCCUACCUUCAAUCCUAACAACCAGCCUCACAAAAAAGGCCUUUUAAGCAGCAUUCUCAGCUCCAUGAAGAAAGGAGACAGCAAUGAUGAACUGUCAAAAAAAGUACUGUAUGAAUAUAAGGAAUUAUUGAUAAGAACUCAGGAUUUUGUUGUCAACCAAGUUCUAAGAACGAAAAAACAUGAAAACAUUGUUGUGGAAUUGUUUAGGUUUUGUGCUUCUAUACUUGCUGUAAAUUGUUUUAGGUUGUUGUCAGCAGAACAAACUGAAGAAUUUGUUUCCAGUUUGUGCCUCAAGCAAUUUGGUCAUGACUUUGUUGAACCAGAGACUGUAGAGAACGUAAAUAGAAAUUUGGACAUUAAGAAAGCUAAUUUUAUCAAGAAGCUCAAAUACGUCCCAUCAAUGGCAGGGCUAUCUACCUUGUUAGAUGAUAACGAGGAAGAUGAAACCCCUGAUGAAACGACAGGCGCUGACGAUGAAGAGAAGUCUUAUGUGCACAAGACUGUUUUUUGUUACUUUAAAUUUCUAUUUGAAAUUGAUCCAUUGAAUGACGCCUCAAAAACGAAGACCAUGUUAUCAAAGGUACAUGAUUGGAUGAAGGAUUCUGCUUCGUGGCUUCCAACUUCAAAAGUGUGUGGUGAUUUUUUCCAUUACUUUUUCUCCGAUUUUGUUGAUCAGAUCAGUAAGAUUAUGAAACAUGACACUUCAAACAAGCAUUGGCAAAUGGUGCCAGGAUACAAUACACUAGUAACGAAUUUCACACAGCUCGGAGAAAUUUAUCUUACCCAGCACAUUAAUCUCAACUUUAGUGACGCCAUAAUAUCUUCCAGUGACACGUCGAACAAGCAAGAACAAAAGAUUCAAAGAUUGGAAGAGUCAGCUAGAGGUGAGGAUGGCCACGAAUCAUUUGCUUUCAAGCAAUGGUUAUCUUGUUCAUUGAUUGCCCUUAGAAAUCCUCGGGUCAUUAAUAUUCUAUUGGAGAUUUUCUUUUCCAAUACAAAUGGAUACAGUCCAGAUCAAGUAUUUUACACUCUAGAUUGGGCUGACAAGUGGUUCGAAGAAGUUCGACAGUUAGAGCACAAUUUUCAACAAUAUUUGAUUUAUAGAAAUCAGAAACAUCAACAUACAUAUUUUUAUUUGGAAUCUAGUGAUUCAAAUUCAAAUAUUGAACUGUUUAUUGGCUCUCUACCAGAAAAUUUCAACUUUGAAUUUUUCGAGACAGCUAUUGAAAGAUUACUUGAAACAGAUCACUUCCAAAUAAUGUCUAGAACAUUAAUUUUCAUUUAUGACAUUUUGGAUUUAUUCAACGGAAAGGCCCGUAUGAAAUUUAUUGGCCACGAUUUGUUACGAGACCGUUUCUAUCAUUUAUUCCUCCAUUGGAGUGCGGACAUUCGAAAUAUUUUCCAAAGAAUUAUUUUGUUUAAAUUACAAAGAUAUUCUUCAGCAGUGUUUAGAGAGUAUGCUCCACUCACAGCAACUGCUUCCCAAAGUGCAAGCAAAAGAAAGGCAAGCACUCCAAUGCUCCAGAGAGAUAGAUCCAAUAGCAAUUCGCUCACGCCGCCUGCAUUUGAGAAAAAGAAAGUUCUAAUUGAGGUUGAAGAUCUAUCUGUAAGACGUAGUUUGGAAGACUUUGAACCAAGAAGAACAUCAAUUUCGGGAACAAGACCAAGCAUUGAGUCCAUCAUCUCCUAUUCCUCAUCUUCCAAAAAGAAGCUUGUUGGUAGUAUAUCAACCCUUAAAAAGAAGAAUAAGGAAGUUGUACAGACCGAAGAAUCGGUGGUAACAAGCGAAUUUCAACGAGUGGAAGAGUCUAUUGAUUUAGUUUUGAAAAGCAAAGUUGAUACCUAUCUUCAGGUUCUAAGAACGGUCGAGAACGAUCCUUCUGCUCUCAGUGAAAUGAUCAAGGAUAAUCCAUCUCUAGAAAUUCCCCCUUCUCUCGUUGUCUAUGUUAACACUGCCAUGGAAGAAUUUGAAGCUCUCGAGAAGGAAUGUGACGCAUGGAAACGAGAAGUUGCAUCCUUGUUGCUGGCAAAUAAGAAGGCAUCCAAAGUUAAACUCAGCCAAAUACCUUAUCCUAGAAUUAACUUCCCUCGCUUUACUUUGCAGUCAGAUAAGCUAUUAUUUUAA